AUUCCUGCUCCGUCCGUCCUGCCAGCAGCUCGGCUUCAUUCUCGGAAUCACCGCCUCGCACGCAGCGUCUGGAGACCAACUUCUGCGUCUGGUGCGCACACAGCACCUCGUCCUGGACCAGUUCCCGUCAUAUUUCCGAGGAGCAGACCGGGUCUCUGUACUUUCGCGGGACAUAAAACACGCGAAGCCUCGGUCAGGGGCUCUCAGCCGGCACCAAAUUACAACAGGGAACUACCUGGACGUUUUUCGCUUGUACCUCCGUUGCGCGCACACUCAUCCAGCACCGACCGCGACCAUGACUUCGGCUCUGACGCCCAUUACAGCCCUCUACAUUGGGAUGGAGGCGGUGAUCGCCUUGUCCUCGGUCAUCGGGAACGUGAUGGUGGUGUGGGCCGUGCGCAUUAACAGGUCUUUGAGGGACACCACGUUUUGUUUCAUCGUCUCCCUGGCCUUGGCUGACAUUGCGGUGGGCGCGCUGGUCAUCCCCCUCGCCAUCACCAUCAGCAUCGGACUGAAGACGCACUUCUACAGCUGCCUGCUGGUCGCCUGCACGGUGCUCGUCCUUACGCAAAGUUCCAUCCUGGCGCUGCUGGCAAUCGCCAUCGACCGCUACCUGAGAGUGAAAAUACCCAUGAGCUACAAGCAGGUCGUGACCCCUCGGCGAGCAGGCACGGCCGUGUUGUUGUGUUGGCUGGUGUCCAUCGUAGUCGGCCUCCUGCCUAUGUUCGGCUGGAAUAACCUGCAGCGUCUCCGGGACAAUGGCUCCCUGAUCGACGAGGACCUGUUGGUGACCUGCGAGUUCGAGACGGUCAUCAGCAUGGACUACAUGGUCUACUUCAACUUCUUCGGCUGGGUGCUGCCCCCUCUGCUGCUCAUGCUGGCCAUCUACGUGGAGAUUUUCUACAUGAUCCACAAGCAGCUCAACAAGAAGGUGAGCGCGAGCCACACGGACCCGAGACGUUACUUCGGCAAGGAGCUGAAGCUGGCCAAGUCUCUCGCCCUUGUUCUUUUCCUCUUCGCAGUCAGCUGGCUUCCCCUCCACAUCCUCAACUGCGUCACCCUCUUCUGUCAGACCCCCGUCGAGCCCAAGGAUCUCAUUUACAUCGCCAUCAUCCUCAGCCACGGCAACUCAGCCGUCAACCCCAUCAUUUAUGCUUUCCGCAUCAAGAAAUUCCGCACAGCGUUCCGGAAAAUCUGGAAACAGUACUUCCUUUGUCAGGAUCCGGUCGGCCGGCUUCCUCAAAGGGGGAGCCAGAGAGGACAGAGUCAUGACAGGAGGCUGAGGCAGAUUGAUGAUGACGAUGAUGAUGUGUGAUCUCCGCCAACUAAUUGUGGUGCUGUGUAACUGUGAAUUUUCACUCAAAUGGUCACAGAAGGGAAAGCACUCUGACUUUAUGCUCACACUUGAGGGAACAUCAGUAAAAAAAGAGGCCUUAAUGGCAUUGAGGGAUGUCAGAGGGAUUCAAAAGACGGGGGAGGAUUUCCUCCAUCCGUGCUUCAAGAGGACAGGGACAAAUCAGCAUGGAGUCAAUCAACAUUCGGAAUCAGUACGAUUUAGUAAGGACUGUUUCUCCACUGGCUGAAUAAAUGAUGACAAUGUCUUACGGGAUAUGGGGCUUCUCAUGAGUGUAUUCAGUAAGUGUAUUGUAUAUCUGUAGCACAUAUGGUUCGAUAGCAGUGCAUCCUGAACUGCUCAUUAUUUCAGUACUAAUACUCUUUUCGCCUUUUUCAUGGGAUUCAUCUCACAUCGAUAAGCCUUUUAUGUUUGCUUCACAUUUGCUACUUUCUGUGGCCUUAAGGGAAGAGAAACAAAGACGAGAAGCUGGAGGAACAUUCAGCAAUUUAUUAAUAAUUGUGGGCAAACACAAAGUUGGCACAACCUGCUGUGAGAGUCGCUAGGAUUCAGGGUGUAUGUUGGCUGCAUCAUGGAUUAAACUACAAAAAUAGGACUAUUUAUUUCUGCUGCGUUUAUGGACACGUUAUGCAAAAACAGAAAAAUCUUGCGCACAUCUAUUAAGUGUCAGGUGUGUCACGGAAAAGUAAGUCGGCUUACUUAGAUUUCUUAUUUGCAGAGAUUUAUUUGCAACGUUUACCAAACCUUCAUCAGGCAAAUGGUUUGGAAGCUGUCUAAAGGUGUAGCUAUUGAUUUCAUGUUAGAGACUGUGACGUAGCUUAUUGAUGUUUGAUAUUUCCUAGUGUGUGAGAGAAACGUGAUUUCUAGUCCUGGUCUCGUACCAAAACGUUGCAAAACAAAUCUCUGCAGAAGACAUUGUGCAGAGCUUUUUUUACGCAGUUACUCAUCAGACACAUGUGACGCCUGUGUCUGUGGAGCGUAACCACAUGUGAAGGUUUAUUUGUAUCUUUUGAAACACUUGAUAGUUGUAGUUGAAAGAAAAAAUGCUGUGGAUAUGGACAAUGGUACAGCAUCCUAUUGUAACUCUGUCGCUACACCAGUGCUGUUCAACAGAAGACUGUGAAUCUGAAGGGUGUCCCUGCAUCCAAUGAGCUUCAUUUGUGUACAUCUAGGUCACCUCUACCAGGACCUGUCCACUACACACAAGUGUGACUUUUUCAACCCUUUUCUCCGGACUCUUUGGGAUGAAGUUGGUUUGAUGGUGUAGCUUCAGCACAUCCUCUUUUCCUACAGGGCUGAUAAUGACACAGGACUGCUGACACUGACAAUGAGCACUGUAUGUAACUAAUGUAUGUGUAAAUAGUAAUGGGACAUUUUAUACAUCGUGUGUAAAAUUCACCUCACUGAGCAAACAGCUGAUUGGAGCUCAUCUGUCCUCUGACAGCUGCUGGUUGAGUGAACACAAUGGGGAAUCCAGCCUCCAAGCACCGCAUUUCAUUUGUUAUGACAAUAACAAACAGUGAGUAGACGACACGCCACAGCAUAUGGUGAGGCCUGAUUUGAAUCCUUUAUGCUGGAAGUGCAUCAGCAGGUGGAGGCAUCAAAAUCUGCCCUGUGCUUUAUGACAAUAACUGCAUCUCACUUUCCACCACUGGUGCUUCUCCUCCAUUUUAGUCUGAGCCCACAUGGAUCUUCUGUCAGUCGGCAGAGAGCAGCUUCAUGCCUGAAUAAGUGUGGGGGUGAGGCGGGUGCAGGAUUCCGGGGCUGAGGGUGAACAUUAUUAUGGUCUCAAGGAAAUGAGCAGAUGAGACUGAGACUGUCUAAUGAGGCCUACCGAAUGUGACCUUACUGAUUUCUCUCCUGUGUGUUUUUUAAAACAGUAAAACGUUCAAGUGAAAUCCAUUUCGGUGGAAUCUAAUGAGAUUAGAUGAUCAGAUAUGGAUGGUGCGACGCUACUGAAUGUGCUCAUGUAGUAUUAAAAAGUUUGUUCACCCAGAGAGCUUUAUUUCCUUGUGCUUAAAAACAUUUCAUCAAAUAAAAUGUGCAAUGGGGAA